AUGUAGUGGCAGUGAGAGAGCAGCUUUUAUAUAUAUAUAUAUAUAUGCGAGCCCUUGUAUUUGAAGAUGGAACAGUGAAUCUUAUAGUUUUAAAGUGUGAGAGAUUUUUAAGAUCCAGCAUCGAAAGUCUGCAACUUUUCCCUGAAAAUCGUUGUGGGAUUUCUUGAUUCUUGAGAAAAAAAUCUUUUGUCGGAUGCGUUUUCAAGACUGUUCCUCUUCCUCCUCUAUCUGUUUUGAAAACUGUUCUUCUCUGUUUUCUCUCUUCCCUCCAAGCUUCAAAAAUGGCGACAAAACGCAGUAAUAUUUGAUCACUUCUUUCUUCUUCCAAUCACACACCUCUGUUUCUCUUUAUCUUUGUUUUUUUUUUUUUUUAACUUCACCCCUUCUCUGUUUCACUCAUUUCCACUUUCUAUUUCACCCAAUCAUCUUCCUUUUUCCCCCAACCCUUACAAGAUUUUACCAAAUUUCAAGAGAUUACCACUUUAUUUUUCUUCAAGUGUUCUUCGUCUUCUGCUUUUUUUUACUUUUGCCCUUUUUGGUUCAGUGUUUCUUCUGCUUUGCUCUGUUUUUUCUCUUCUGUGCUCUGUUUUUUGGGGAGCAAUGGGCAGAGUAAUCAAAGUGAUUUCACUUAAGCAUUUCUUCGUGCUGUCCAUGGCUUUGAACGUCAGCUUGAUUCUAAGAGCUAUAAAUCAGGAUAACAGAGCUCCAAUGGCAGUUCAGAAGGGAAUUAACGCUGCCCAAAUGACAUUUUUGUCCUUCCCUUUGCUGUCAUCGCCAACAGCAGCCACUCCUGCAACUCAACCUCUUGGUCAAAAUGGAAGGGAAAGAGUUAUAAACCUUGACCAUGGUGACCCGACAAUGUAUGAGAAGUAUUGGAAGCAAAUGGGGGACAAGGCCACAAUCGUGAUCCCUGGAUGGCAAUCAAUGAGUUAUUUCUCUGAUGUGAAGAACCUGUGUUGGUUCUUGGAGCCUGAAUUUGCCACGCAAAUUGUGAGGGUGCAUAAGGUGGUCGGUAACGCCCUGACAGAGGGACGACACAUUGUUGUCGGGACGGGCUCGUCCCAGCUCUUCUCAGCUGCACUCUAUGCGUUGGCCCCGCAAGAUGCGUCGAACCCGAUCAGCGUGGUCUCUGCAGCCCCAUACUACUCGUGUUACCCUUUGAUGACCGACAGCAUCAAGUCAGGGCUCCACAAAUGGGCUGGCGAUGCGAAGGUAUUCAACAAGGACGAGCCCUACAUUGAAUUGGUCACCUCCCCCAACAAUCCUGAUGGCUUCGUUCGACAUUCCAUGGUGAAUAGAACUGGUGGUAUAUUGGUCCAUGACCUUGCUUAUUAUUGGCCGCAAUAUACGCCUAUAUCGUCCCCGGCUGACAACGACUUGACGCUCUUCACUGUCUCAAAGAUUACUGGUCAUGCUGGAAUGCGCAUUGGGUGGGCUCUUGUGAAGGAUGUUGAAGUUGCUAAGAGAAUGACCAAAUUCAUUGAGCUGAAUACCAUUGGUGUGUCUAAGGACUCGCAGAUUCGAGCUGCUAAAGUUCUCGAAGUAGUGUCCGAUAGUUGCGAACAGGCCGGUGGUUCGGAACAUGUCGAAUCGUUCUUCCAUUUCAGCCAUGCCCUCAUGACUGAGAGAUGGAGGAUGCUAAGGGAUGCAGUGAAACGUAGCGGCAUAUUUAGUUUGCCUGAAUUUUCUUCUGCACAUUGCAACUUCUUUGACAACAACUUGGGAUCUCAACCUGCAUUCGCUUGGUUAAAAUGCGAUGGAGAUGACGUCGAUGAUUGCGAGAGCUUCCUCCGACGCCAUAAGAUCCUCACACGAGGCGGGAAGCAUUUCGGUGUAAGCCCGAAAUACGUCCGAAUUAGCAUGAUGGAUCGUGAAGAAACCUAUGAUUUAUUUAUACAAAGAUUGUCGCAGAUCAGGUCAUGACUUCUGAAACUCUGCUGAUCAAUAACACAGAGGUUUUGGGCUUGCAAAAUGUAAAUUUCAAAAGGAAAAGAGCAAUAUUUAUUAUUAAUUUUUAUUUUGCA